CGGAGCAGAGCGCCACGAGGCAAGCAAAGAAGUGCGAGCUCCUCCCUCCCCUCCGACCCACGCCACGCCGCCGCCAAUAACGACCAACUCACGUGCCCUAUCCUUCUCCUUCUCCCCCCUUUCGUUCGUCUCCUAAACCGCCGCCAGCAUGGACGCCAAGAAGAGGUCGCCGCCCGCCCCCUCGGCCGCCGGAGCCGCGCCGCCCGCGGCCAACGGAUACUUCAGCUCCGUCUUCUCCGCACCGGCGUCGCCUGCGGCAAAUCCAAGAGACGCCAGGCAGAUGGACCUGUACACGAUACUGAACAAGCAGAACCCCAAAGGGCUGAGUGGCGGGGGCAUUGCAGAUGCCAAAUCCCAAGGCAACCCUACUAAUGGUCGUGUUGCAUAUAAAGAUGGAAAACAGUUUUAUCCAAACGAGUCCUCAGAGUCACCUUAUUUUGGCUCGUCUGUGCAUUACGGUGGCCGGGACUUCUAUGACAGCUCUCCACACAAGCAAGCUGAUGAAUCAUCCAGAAAUUAUAAGGAGGAUAAUGCAGAUGGCUCCCUGGCUACCAGAGGUGAUUGGUGGCAAGGUUCACUUUACUACUAAAAAUACUUUGCAAUGGACUCUCCUACUGUGAACAAGCUCACAAGGAUGCUCUGCGUUUGUUACAAAAUAGGUGUAACAGAGAGCUGGUUGCUUAGUCUUUUGUACAAGGUACAAAAACUAUGUAUUAUAUAACAUGAGAAGCUGCAAUCAACUAAGGCUCAUUCGGUUUUGUAAUCUAUGGGUGGACUGCCCUUAGCUAUAACCUCCAACUCACUCUUGAUCUCCUCUGGUUUCCUAGUACACACACAUAAUAUGAUUCGUGGAUAUUAUUAUUUUUCUUUGUGUCAUUGUCGCAGUUUUGGUGUCUAUAAUUAAGUCCUGAGAUCUGCACAAGAUUUUCUUGUUAGUUGUCACAUCUGUGCGCACUGAUUGCAGAGCAGUUUGGUUGACAUUGACAGCUCUCAGAGAAAAAAUGAUUGACUGUCCUGAAUUGGAAGUUCAGUUAAUCAGUAAUUUACCUAACAGCCUUGUAACGAGUGACAUCAACAUCAUUGUAGUAAUGUGACCUAUUAUUCCGUCAUGAGUGUUAUCAUAUAUUUGAGGUGUCAUGUAUUAUGUGUUAAUCUUUUGAUAACCUUGUUAUUAAUAUUGCUCCUACGUUUUGGUCAUUUAUCUCAUGUUCAACAUGACAUGAAUAUACUGUUUGUUGAGAGCUGGCAAUGGUUAAUCCUCGGUGCAUUUCUAAGUUCCCUUAACAUGGCAACCAGUUGGCAUUAUAUUAUUUAAUUAAUCCCUGAGUCUUUCACAUAGGCGCCUCAAUUAGUCUAGUAUUUGGUUGUUUUCUACAUAGGUCUCACCCAAUACAAGUUUUUCAGAUUUCCAUUAACGGAAAAUAGAAACCAAAAGUUGUUGCAGUUGUUGAACUUGUAAAUGCAUUCUUGUCUGUAGGAAGCUGUGCUAAUACACAUGCAACCUCUGUUGCUCGUAGCUUGUUAUGAUCGUCCAGCUGCAACCUGUGUUAAUUUUAAUGCAUUAUCAUCGGCCUCCUCCUUUAUUGACAUCAAAUUAAUUUGAUGGUUUGUCGCAGGAAUAAAAAGGAGUACGUCGAGCUGGUAGGCUGUAGAGUUGACAUGAGUCAUCAGGCAUAAGAAAAGUCAUAGUGGAACUACAUCUGUUCUGUCGGUGGUGGCAGUAUUUAGAUGCAUCAGUCACCUAGGCAGAUGUAGACGUACUAUGUGUCUCUUUUCUUCGCCUUACUAGAUUUGAGUGAUGAAAUGUAAUGGGACUGGUAGGGCAGCAGCAAGUAGGUCCUACAAAAAGUUGCUGCUAUUUUGCAACUGACGAGAUCACUUGCUGUAUGCGUUGUGUAUCCUGGUUCGUGGUUGUGUUUUAGUAAUAUUUGGAUUUGCACAUCUGUUUCAGUCUACCAUUUGUUUGCUGAGAGAAUCAUGCUAUGAACUUGUGACAAUGGUUUA